AUGAUCUGCAUCCUCGCAAUUUUCGCUCUCAUUACCCUCGCGGCUGCUCGACCGCUUCACGAACAACCAACAGCAAACUUAAGCACCCUCCACCUCUUCUACCACUCACCCGAUGCGCGGGUGAUCGGUGAUGGUCAAGGCGAUCAGUUAGACAUCAAGGAAGUCAUCAAUCCUUACAAUUCCAAAACCACAUCUAAUCGAACUCUCGCCAAAAAACAUUAUGGUUCUGACCACGAAAUUCUACACCACAACGACCAUCACUACCACCUCACGAUCCGAAACUAUAACAUCAACAAACACCGCUUCCACAAUCAGCACAGUGCCCAACGAGACCGCCCCAAUCAUUAACAGAGCCGCCGAAACCGUCGAGGACCCAACAUCCCCCCCUACGACGUUCGUAUUACAUGCAACUCCAAUCGGAACAACUACCGCCGAACCGGAGCGCGAGGUAUCAAAACCCACAAAUGACACUGCUACCAUCCAACAACUUAUGGACCAGAACCGCCGGUUAUUGGAAUACAUCACCAGACUUCAAAGGAAUCAAACUUCUACACCCGACAAAAAUUUAUAUUCCUCCGCCAACUUUUCACCCUAUACUGCAGUCAUGUUCUAGCGGAUUGUUUUUACCGCUUAAUAACUUG